AUGGCGGACGGGUUGUCCUCAGAAACCAACCCGCACUCUAAGCUGAAACAGAUAGACGACCUCCUCCACAAUCAUCAGUCCCAAGAGGGGCCAAGCACACCCACCCGUCCUUCGGACGACCCCGUGACAGACAGCAGCACCGACGAGAAGCACGUCGGCCCUCAACCCCUUCCCAAGCUUCGCCUAGUCGCAAUAGUACUAGGGGUCUCCCUGGGCCUCUUCCUCUCGAUGCUCGACGCCUCUAUCGUCGCCACCGCGCUCUUCACCAUCGCCCUCGACUUCGGCGACGUCGCCGCCAUCAACUGGGUGGCGCUCGCCUACACGCUGACCUACCUCAGCUGCGCGGUGCUCUGCGCCCGCGUCUCGGACGUCGUCGGCCGGCGCGCGGCGUUCGUAGCUGCCUAUGUCGUGUUUAUUGCCUUCUCGCUGGCGUGUGGGUUUGCGAGGAAUAUGGGGCAGUUGAUUGCUUUUCGGGCGGUUCAGGGGCUGGGCGGGAGUGGGCUGUACAGUCUAUCGAUGAUCAUUAUGCCAGAGGUGACGCCGGAUCGGGCAAAGAGACAUAUUGCGGCAGCGGUGGGGUUGGUGAUGGUUGUCGCCGGGGUGGGGGGUCCGGUGCUCGGGGGUGUGUUGACCCAAUACACGAGCUGGAGAUGGGUGUUUUGGAUCAAUGGCCCCAUCGGCGGCGUCUCCCUUCUCGUCUUCCUCCUCGCGUGGCCGAACAAGAAAUACCUCCCCUCGUUGGAGCGUCGCGCGUGGAAAGACGUCGACUUUGUCGGCGCCUUCCUCCUAAUCGCCUCAGCCGUCUUGAUAGUUUUCCCCUUCCAGAACGCCUCGCAAGCCACCAGCUGGUCUUCGGCCACCUUCCUCGCGCCCCUCCUCGCCGGCCUCCUAUCUCUCGCCGUGCUCUUCGCUUGGCAACCUUUCCUGGCCGCCCAGCGCGGCGAGCGCAAGGUCGGCUUCGCCCUGCCUCCCGUCCUCCUCCGCAACCGCGUCUUUGUCGGGACCGCCCUGCAGACCAUGCUCACCGGGUUUCCGUACCUGCUGUGCGUCUAUGCCUUCCCCGUACGCUUCCAGGUCGUCUACGGCAAGUCGGCGCUGCAGGCCGGGCUGAUGCUGUUGCCGAUGCUGGCGGCGGCCGCAGUCGGGACGGUCCUGGCGGGUGCCGUGAAUACUGGGAAACCCAGGCGGAAGCAGAGGUUCUUUGAGACUUUGAUGGCGUCGUGCGCGUUGAUGAUGCUUGGGUGCGGGCUGGAGAUCACGGCGGGGAACGAGGCGGUGAUAGAGGCGAAAGUGUUGGGGUUUCUGGUGUUUGUUGGGCUGGGGUUCGGCAUGGCGGCGGCGGCCGGGACGAUGUCUGCUGGUGCUGAGGCGCCGGUUUGGGAGCAUGCGUCCGCGCAAGGAAUCGUGGCACAGGUCCGCGUCCUGGGCGGGAGCAUUGGCAUCGCGGCGUCGUCGGCCAUCCUCGGUGCUAAGACGCAGUCGGACAUGCCCCCGGAGGCGCUGGCUCAUCUGGCGUCUGACCCCUCGGCUCUGGCACCGGAGCAGUGGGCGGCCAUUCGGAUGACGUACACGGAGGCGCUGAGGGAGAUGAUGAUUGUGUGCUGCGCGAUUCUCGCGCUCGCCAUGGUGUGCACGCUUGGCGUGUACAGACGGAACAGGGUCUCGAUGGAGGAGAUGUACCAGCAGCGGUAUCGCGAAGAGGCUGAGAGGAGACGAGCAGCUGUCGACGUGGAGGCUCCUCAGAAUCCGAUGGCAAAGGCACCAUCGGACAGCGUUUGA